GAAAUAUGGAGAGAAGUAAGAGAGAGAGAUGGAGAAGAGUAAGGUGCUAAUAGUAGGAGGAACAGGGUACCUUGGAAAAAGGUUGGUGAAGGCAAGUCUGAAGUUAGGUCAUCCAACUUAUGUGCUCCAUCGGAGAGAGGUUGGUUUGGAUAUUGAGAAAGUUCAAAUGUUAUUGUCAUUCAAGAACAAAGGAUGCCAUCUUGUUGAGGCUUCUUUUUCCGAUCAUCGGAGCCUUGUCGAUGCUGUUAAGCUUGUCGAUGUUGUCAUUUCUGCUAUUUCUGGUGUUCAUUUUAGGAGCCACCAUAUUCUCCUUCAACUCAACCUUGUCCGAGCUAUUCAAGAAGCCGGAAAUGUCAAGAGGUUUUUGCCUUCAGAAUUUGGAACAGAUCCGGCGAGAAUGGAAAAUGCAAUGGAGCCUGGAAAAGUAACAUUUGAUGAGAAAAUGGUGAUAAGGAGAGCGAUAGAAGAGGCUGGCAUUCCAUUCACUUAUGUUUCUGCUAAUUGCUUCGCCGGAUACUUUGUCGGUGGUCUGUGUCAACCGGGCCAUAUAAUUCCUUCGAGGGAUCGAGUCGCUUUGCUGGGAGAUGCCAAUCAAAAAGCAAUAUUUGUCGAUGAAGAUGAUAUCGCCACUUACACUUUGAACACCAUUGAUGAUCCUCGCACUCUUAACAAGACUUUAUACAUUCGCCCUUCCAAUAAUAUUUUGUCUCAACGACAAGUCGUUCAAAUAUGGGAAACACUUAUCGGAAAAGAGUUGCACAAGGACACAAUUCCCAAGGACGAUUUUCUUCAUUCCAUUGAAGGGCAAGAGUAUGCAGAGCAGGUAGGGUUGACGCAUUACUAUCAUGUUUGUUACGAGGGAUGCCUUGCCAAUUUUGAGAUUGGUGAAGAAGCAGAGGAAGCUACAAACCUUUAUCCGCAAGUCAAAUACACCACCGUGGAACAAUACUUGACCCGUUAUUUAUAAUUAUAAUUCUAUCCAAUUCAAAUCCCAUCUCAUCGAGAAAUUCUCCGGUGAACCAAGUCCAUGCCUCUUCUCAUUCUUUUCCCUGUAAAAUAAUAAUACUACAAUUAAUAAUAAUAAUAAUGUGUGCUCUGUUUUUAUGUUAACUGGAUUCUCAUCUUAAUUUCAUGUGGUUUCUGCUUGCUAUACAUUAUGAGCUAAUGUAUUCUGCUCUUUAUUUCUUUAUGGAAAAAUUUAUAUUUCGCCCUUA